AUGAAAUUCUCCAUAAUAUUUCUCUUGGUUAUUAGGCUUGGUAUCGCCAUUGCUUUAUAUUUCUUCCUUGGUCGGGAUCGACCCUCCAAAGAAGACUGCUCGAAUGGGAUUUGGCAGUCACACAUGAUCCCGGAACUGCUUUUUGUCUACAAGUCAGGUAGAAAUAAGCUCCAGGAGAUGCCCCCCAACCCCGACCAAGACCCUACCUCCGUCUCUCGCAACCGUACCAGCACGGACGGUAAGAUUGACGAGGGGUACCGCCAACCCUCAUACCUUAACUACGAGUACAAGGUCAUGAACGGAGGGGUCAUCAUGGAAGAGAAGCCGGCCGGCUUUACCUUUAUACGACCUGAUUGA